UCAAAGGAUAAUGUGAUAGAAAUCCCCAAGUCGUAAAUCAAAGGAAGGCUGCAGUCCAGCAAAACUGGGAAGAAAACCAAACUGGGAGAGACAAGUAGCAAAGGCAAGCGCUCAAUAAAGGGUUAUUGGUUGACACAUUUUACUCCUACAUCGCUUCUAUUCGCUGAUCUGGAAGCCUGACCGUGGCUGGACGAAUCGAAGACCUGGGCUGACUCUGGCCACAGCUGAGGAGCCUUCUUCUCGGAGACAGAAAGGCUGCAACCGCGCCGGUCAGGGAAUCAACUCUUAGCCCCUCACGAUGAAGUUCACAACGGAGCUGGGAGAGGGGACGAAUAACAAUCCCGCCCUAGGAGGGCUGAGCAAUAAACAGACCCAUAGAGAGAGCGGCUAGCGCCGCACGCCCCGAAAGUUUAAAGUCUGGUCUGUAGUCAGAAGCCUGUGUAUGGCGCUAGCCUGACCCGGAGCUUUCCCGUGGGACUGUCAGCCGCCGGACGCGAGCCUCAAACCAUGAAAAAGGACACCGCUCCCUGCAACCCGGCUUCCAGGCUCCCGGAGCUCGCGGCAGUUGCCUAAGGCGCAGGCGCGCUUGCGGGGCCGAGUCCAGGACUGCAUCUCCCAGCAGACCUCGCGUGGACGGACGUAUCGAGGCUUUCCUGAGGAAUUCUAUCGAGAUAGUCUGCGAGUCACAACCAUCUUGGGCUUAGGACCUACCGGCCCGGACCCCAGUCUCCAUUCGGCCUUUCUGAUGGCCCCGCCUCUCCUCUCCAAUUGGCCCCUUUGCUCAUCCCGCCUUCGCAAGCAAAUCUUCCUUGCUGGUAGGUCAGUGGUGAGACCUUACCCAAUUGGGAUUAGAGUUUGCAAAACGUGACCCGGAAGUUGGUCCCAAGCCGGCGCCGUUGGCCCGUGGACGCCUAAUUCGUGCGCAGGGACCUCCGGCGUGGUAGGGCAUUGCUGAGUCUUGCAUGGGUCAGCUGUAGGGGGAAGCGCGGCGUUCCGGUCCUGCCUCGGGGACGUCUUGGUUGGGGUGAACCAAGGGACCAGUGCAGUGGCUCCCGAAACUGAUUGAGGCCCAAGCCCAGGAGGCAGCUCCGCCCAGGCUGGAGCUGGGCUCUCCAGCUGCCACUUGGAGUCCCGGACCCCCGGUUCCUGCCGACGCCGUACAUCCUUGGACUGUGUACCGGUCCUAGGCGGGCGCAGCUAGUUUCGUGGUCAGUACACUCUGGGGCCUUAACGAUGGCGUCGGGGCAGAGUUCCCAGGAACAGGAAGGACUACUGAUAGUGAAAUUGGAGGAGGACUGUGUCUGGAGCCAGGAGCUGCCCCCGUCUGACCCAGGACCAAGUCCAGAGGCCUCCCACCUGCGCUUCAGACGUUUCCGCUUCCAAGAGGCAGCUGGUCCCCGGGAAGCCCUUAGUCGGCUCCAGGAACUUUGCCAUGGGUGGCUGAGGCCAGAGAUGCAUACCAAGGAGCAGAUUCUGGAGCUGCUGGUGCUGGAGCAGUUCCUGAUCAUUCUACCCCAGGAGAUCCAGAGCAGGGUGCAGGAGCUGCAUCCGGAGAGCGGCGAAGAAGCGGUGACCCUUGUGGAAGAUAUGCAGAGAGAGCUUGGGAGACUGAGACAACAGGUCACAAACCACGGGCGGGGAACAGAAGUGGUUUUGGAGGAGCCUUUGCCUCUGGAAACAGCACAAGAGUCACCAAGCUUCAAGCUGGAGCCAGUGGAGACUGAGCGAAGCCUUGGCCCCAGGCUGCAGGAGCUGCUAGGCCCCAGCCCCAAAAGGGAACCUCAGGCUGCAAAGGAACGGGCAUUAUCUGCUCCCUGGCUUUCUCUCUUUCCUCCUGAAGGGAACAUAGAAGACAAGGAAAUGACUGGGCCCCAGUUGCCUGAGAGCAUAGAGGACGUGGCAGUGUACAUCUCCCAGGAGGAAUGGGGGCAUCAGGAUCCUAGUAAGAGGGCCCUCUCCAGGGACACGGUGCAGGAGAGUUAUGAGAAUGUGGACUCAUUGGAAUCUCACAUUCCCCGUCAGGAGAUCCCAACCACCCAGGUAGAACAAGAAAGAAAGCCAUGGGAUGCCAAUGUCCAGAGUUGCAAGGAGGGUCUGAGUCUCAGAAGCCCAGCUCAAGGGAAAGAGAAAUUUGAGAACCUAGAAGAAAACAGUCAGUCUGUUUCUCCUGAGAAUACCCACCCUCAGUCACUGCUCCCUCUCCAGGCUGGAGGGGAGGUGCCCUGGAGUCCUGAUCAGGGAAGACCUCAUGACAGGGCGGAAGGGAAUUGGGAGCCUCCCCCAGAGGGUCACUUGGAGCAGCCUUUAAUAGGAGCCACCAAUUACAGGGAACUGGGGCGACCAAGGGAACUACAGCCAAAGAAACUCCAUUUGUGUCCCUUGUGUGGCAAAAAUUUCUCUAACAACUCGAAUCUAAUUAGGCACCAGAAAAUACAUGCAACAGAAAGACUGUAUAUGGGGGUAGAGUGUGGUGAAAUCUUUGGUGGGAACCCACACUUUCUGUCAUUACACAGAGCACACCUGGGAGAAGAGGCCCAUAAGUGCCUCGAAUGUGGAAAAUGCUUUAGUCAGAAUACUCAUCUUACUCGUCACCAGCGGACCCACACAGGCGAGAAGCCCUAUCAGUGUAACAUAUGUGGAAAAAGCUUCUCUUGCAACUCCAACCUCCAUAGGCACCAGAGAACACAUACAGGCGAGAAGCCCUACAAAUGCCCUGAGUGUGGGGAAAUCUUUGCUCACAGUUCCAACCUUCUUCGCCACCAGAGAAUUCAUACCGGAGAAAGACCCUAUAAGUGUCCUGAGUGUGGGAAAAGUUUCUCUCGGAGUUCACACCUUGUCAUUCAUGAAAGAACUCAUGAGAAAGAGAGACUUUACUCCUUCUCUGAAUGUGGGGAAGCCAUGAAUGAUAGUGCCCCCUUUUUUACAAACCACAGAGUCCACAAGACAGAGAAGAAAGUCUUUGAGUGUUUGACUUGUGGGAAAAGCUUUCGACAGGGCAUGCACCUCACCAGACAUCAGAGAACCCACACAGGAGAGAAACCAUAUAAAUGUACCCUUUGUGGGGAAAACUUUUCUCAUAGAUCCAACUUAAUCAGGCACCAGAGAAUUCACACAGGAGAAAAACCCUAUACCUGUCAUGAGUGUGGAGACAGUUUCUCACACAGCUCCAAUCGGAUUCGUCACCUAAGAACCCACACAGGAGAGAGACCUUAUAAAUGUUCUGAAUGUGGAGAAAGCUUCUCUCGGAGUUCACGUCUUAUGAGUCAUCAGAGAACUCACACCGGUUAGAAACAAUGGGACUCCUCUUUGCCCCAAAUAAGGUGGCAUAAUCAGAGGGUCAGAGCUGAGAUUCCUUGCCCAGCUGACCAAAUGACCUCUGCAUUUGUCAGGUAAUAAUAUAAAGAAGGAAAUGGCAGUUCAUUGUGAGAGAGGUGCAGAGGCAUCAAAGGAUUUGCAUGAAACUAAACAAGCAUUCUAUCUGCACUAGUAAGGUCUUUGCAGUGACCUGCGAGGUCAGAAUUGACUCUUAGGUCCAUCCUGUCCUAAGGUGCACAUGUACUCUCCAGGUAUAUUUAGCUAAGGUGUGAUUUGGGUGCCUUACUAUGUCCAAUGUUAAUCUCCACAACUUUGGGUAUCCAUGUGAUCUUUCUGUUAAUUCUUCCUCAUUUGGGAUACUCAGCAGGAGCAUUUGGACUCCUGGGGCCCCUAAGACCAAAGAAGAGGGGCCAAGUCUCCUGGGAAAUCCCACUGGAGGUCAACAAAAGAAUGGUUUUGAGUUGCAGCUGUCUUGAAGGCCCUGGCUGGGUAGUAGUCAUGGGCAGUUCAGAUCCAGCUACCACAUGCCCCUUAAUGACCUGCAGGGCUGCCUGUUGGCAGCUCAUGUGUCCAAAUGUGACCUCAGACUAAAAAGGAACCAGAGACCUAAGGGAAAUAAUAAAGUGUAAUUUGCCCAUCAGCUCCUGAUACUGGCAGAGGAAAUGAGUGUUGAUUUAGUUUACUCUUUGCAGAGAUUGAGUCUUUCCCCUACUUGUGUCAAAAAAAAGAUGAACAAGUUUGGAGUCCUACUCCUGACUCCAGGGGAACAAAUGGGUUCUGUGAAAGAUGGACUUCCCUGUGAAGGUCUUUGAAAACGUGGACCCUAGGGAAAUUAGGGAUCGUGUCCUUCCCUAUUGGAAAUGUGUUUAGAUGGUUAAUAAAUAUUUUCAGGAAAUGUGAAUGUGUGAAUCUUCAUUAA